CCGGAUCACUGACCCAUUUCAGGUGGUGGACACAGACAAACGCAAAAUCGGAGUUUUCCCAUAUUAUUAUACAUUUGCUAAGCGCAAAAGACAGCGUCGUAGAAGUUACAAGAAUAUAGAGACGUCAAAUCCCAAGAACGCAACUUUAAAAAAAAAAAAAAAAUUGCGCACCCUCUUCAUUUUUUAAGCAUUUGAUUGCUGUUAUUAGAUGAAGACGACGAUGUUAGCGAAUCCCAUUUGAAUUUGGAGGGGAUUGGGGGGAAGAGAUGUCGAAGCUGCUUUCCAGGCUUGCUGGGUUCUUCCGCGAUCGGACUCUGGCGGGAGUGGACAAAGCUGGGAACCGCUACUUCACCAGAGAAGAAGCUGUUGAUGGCAUCCGUAAUGAAAGAGAAAAGGUGGGUGAUAUUCAAGGGAGAAGAUGAUCCAACUUCCAUUCCAGUUGAGUGGAUAUGUUGGCUAAAUGGACAGCGCAAAAAACCUCCAACACCAGAGGAAAUGAUGGCGUUGGAAGCAAGGCGAGAACUUGUGCGUCAGAAUGUUGCCCGUCUGAAGAAAGAAGAAGAGGAAAGGAAAGCAAAAGAAGGAACAAAGUGCAAAGGCGCUCAUAUUGGUAAAGCUGCAGGGCCGGACUUGAAAAGUUUUAUUCAGCAAUUUCCAGCUUCUUCAGAAGGUGACAAAGUUGAGGAAGAGUCUGAUACAAAAGGAGUAAGGAAGCCUAAAGUAAGAGAAGCAGAGAAAGCGGGAAUAUACUCAGAGUCCUCAGAGCCAACAGGAUCUGGUGAAUCGUACAGGCCAGGGACAUGGCAGCCACCAACAUAAAAUUUUGUGAUAAAAGUGGGGGCACCACACCCUAAUCUUCUUCCUGCUCUGUCUGACACCCAUAAUUCAAUAGUUUUGUUAUUGCCAGCCACGAUGACCAUAACUGAGUUUUGCUAAUGAAAGGAGCUACAGCUGUGGAACAAUGCAUGCAUUCUUGUACAAGAUACAAAAGCACAACAAAUUGUUGCUUCGCUGCCAUGUAUUUUUUUGAAUGUAUUUGUUGGAUAAUAGUUUAUUAUAGAACAAAAUUCAUUUACCAGAAUAUACAAUCAUAAUAAUAAGCUGAAUAUUUUCUGGA